AUGCGCACUUCUCAUUUCUCUUCCUUGAAGCAGUUUUGACUUGAAUCUCUUUACAGUCGAUUAGCCGAGCGAUGAGGACACCGUUUCCACUUGUUCAAACGACAGUUAUACAUCUGUUCGACCCUGAUCGAUCGACUGGAUCGACGGGAUCGACUGGACCAGUCGGGUAGCCGUAUCAGGGUUGCUAUGGCGCUAUACCAGGGGCACUCCAUUAACGCUGCUCCCAAUGACCAUGAUGACGAAGCCACGCCCCUGCUGGAGAAAGCACCGGAGACAGCAGUGCCCCCACAGUGCUGCUCUGCUCGCUUCAACCUGGCCACCCUGAUGUUCUUCGGCUUCGCUGUGGUCUAUGGACUACGUGUCAACCUCAGUGUGGCUAUGGUUGCCAUGGUCAACAGCACCGGUGUCCUCCCCUUCACCAACCACUCUGCCGCUCAGGGGUGUCCAGCCCCUCCGUCUGCCAACAACAGUGGUGGUGCAGCGCUACCAGAUGGGAUCCCUCAGUACCCGUGGGACUCUGACACUCAGGGCUACCUGCUUGGGGCUUUCUUUUUUGGGUACCUGCUGACCCAGAUCCCAGGGGGAUACCUGUCUGGCCAUCUCGGGGGACGGGUGUUCUUGGGCGUGGGGGUGGUGAGCACGGCGGUCCUCACCCUGCUCACCCCACUGGCUGCCGAGCUUGGCGUCCACUGGCUCUUCGCCCUGCGGGUGCUGGAAGGCGUUGGGGAGGGUGUGACGUACCCAGCGAUGAUGGCGAUGUGGGCCUGCUGGGCUCCACCCCAGGAGAGGUCCCGCCUCAUGACUUUUUCAGGAGGGGGGGGGAAUUUUGGAGCCUUUGUAGCUCUUCCUCUCACAGGCCUCAUCUGCCACAUGUUGGGCUGGCCAGCAGUCUUCUACUGCUUUGGGGGUGCUGGUUGUCUGUGGGGACUUUUCUGGUUCACCUGCGUGUCGAAUGAUCCUCGCUCUCACCCUCGAAUCAGCGAACAUGAGAGAGAUUACAUCAUCAGCUCCAUCGGGUCUCAGGGUGCUGCCCAUGGAUGGUCAGUUCCCCUCUUACCCAUGGUGCUUUCUGUUCCCUUGUGGGCAAUCAUUCUCUCUCAGAUGUGUUCCAACUGGGCAUACUACACUCUACUGACCUCACUGCCCACAUACAUGGACACGGUGCUGCACUUUGACCUCAGCCAGAAUGGGUUCCUGUCUGCUUUGCCGUAUCUUGGUGCUUGGCUGGGUGCUGUGAUGUCAGGCAUACUAGCAGACCAUCUCUUGGAGAGGAAGCUUCUUAGCAUCACCGCAGUCCGCAAGAUCUUGACUCUAACAGGUCUCCUCCUGCCCGCAUUGUGCCUGGUUGCGGUUGGCUUUGUGGGGUGCAGUGGCGUGCUCGCCGUGACCUUCCUCACGCUCAGCACCACUCUCGGGGGCAGUAGCGCCGCCGGAGUCUUCAUCAACCAGAUUGACAUUGCUCCCCGAUAUGCAGGCAUGCUGUUGGGUAUCACGAACACUUUUGGGACCGUUCCAGGGGCUCUAGCUCCCAUUGUCAUGGGUUACCUCACAAGAGAUCACUCCGUGAUUGGGUGGAGGAAUGUCUUCUGUUUGUCGGCAGGGGUGAGUGCAUGUGGAGCCUUCAUCUUCACCCUCUUUGGCAGUGGGAAGAUCCAGGACUGGGCUUUGCGAGAUGAAGACAUUGAAACGGAGACAGGGAGAGGGCAGCCAGACAGACAGGUGUAUGGACACACCUGACCUGAAGUGAAUAGAGGACUGAAAUCAGGGCCCAGUGGAGACACCCUUCAUCUUGGGUUUGGGCCAGUAUGAGACUGUCCUUGUCAAUUUUGGUCAUUCUGACAAUGUUUUACCUAUUUUAUUGAUUUUAUUGUAUAAUUUUGCCACUGCAUAUUUUCAAUAUUAUACAUUUUUACAUACAUUCACUCAAACCCACACACUCAUUCUCUCAGACCCACUUAACAUUCAUAAAUGCACACACCAUAACACAAAUGGUCACACCUCUAAAGAUACAAAACUGACCUGAUAGGGAAUUGAAAUGGGGGUCAGGUGAUGGCUCUUCCUGUGACUGUGGCAGCAGUGGCAUGGUGCAGUGGCUCCCAUAUACUGGCCAUGCAGAAAGGAAUCAGGGCAAGGGACAAGUAAUCUAUAAUUAAUAUGCAAAAUAUUCAACCUUUCAUGUAUCUAACAAUAUACUCAUCCUCAAAUUAAUGUGUUUAAUGCUAAUUGAGAUUCAGAGAGAGUCAUCAAGGAACUAAUGUGGCAUUCAAUAGAUUUAGAAAUAAAGAACACUUUGGGCCCGAGUUUCCUGGGUUUCUGGUUACUAAGUUUCAGAAUAGCUGCUACAGAUAUGAGACUGGAACUGGAUGUGGAUUUUUACAUGUAUUAAUCAAUCUUAAUUUGUGUCUAUGCUAUAAAUUUUCUCAUUUUGUUUAUGGGUAUAACAGGAACAUUCUAUGAAACAAGUUUUAGAAAUAUAGAUGGCCAAAUACUGAUGUGAACGUUUUAUUAUAAACUCACAAAACCCCUUUAAUAUUAUUGUACGUCCACUGAAGAUCAUUUUUUUAUAUUUCAUUGUAAUCUAUUCACACAUAGUCAAAUAUGUGUAUUUUAUAUGGUACAUUGUGAUUUAUAAAUAUAGAAACUUUUUUAAAUGAAUGUCCAGAUCCAACUCUUGAGAAAGAAUGUUAUGAAAAACCUUUUUGUACUUCAUUUUUUUUACACAACUUUUUAUAUGCUGGUUUUAUAUCCUGGUAUACAAGGAUAAUAAGGCUAGAAAUAAAAUACAAAACAAACUGUUGUUAAAAACAAGGAGACAAAUGCUCAAACAGAAGGGAAUCUUUUGAACUUUGAACAUAAUUAUGUUAUGGAACUGCCUUAUAUUUUAUCUGAUGUGAUAAAUAUGUUUUUAAUAAAUUGUAUUUAUCUAAAUCUCA